AUGCGGCCCGCCUUUCGCGACGCCAUGGGCGGCGGCCUUCUCGGGGGCACCUGCCUGAUGGUCAUCGUGGUGGUGCUCUCCGCAGCACCUGGAGGGGAGGCGUUCCUGUGCCCUGCGGCUGUGCAGCAGCACGGUGCCGCUGCCUCUGGGAAAAUGCUACAGCAGCGUUCGGCGGUCAAGACGAGGGGGAUCGGGAGCAUGACGGCGGGAGCUGGGGAGGGGAUGCUCGAUGUAACGUCCCCGUAUGAAAACGCCUCUGUCACGCCGUCGACGCCAGGACCGCUGCGUCGCGUUCGGUCGUUCCUCGGAGGAGGGCAGGCAAUAGACAAAGCUGGAGAAGCGGCGGGAGAAGUGCUCUCGGAGAUCGGGGAGGCCCUCGAAGGGUUGGAAACCCCGGCGGCGGUAUCGGAGGGCGGGGAUGCUGUUGGGGGGUUGGUGACGACGACGACUGCCUCGGAAGAGGACCAAGGGAGGGCGGCGGGAGGCCUGUCUACCGUGGGUAGCGUGAAGGACCUGGUGGUCGAAAACAAAGAGGUGGUAGCGGUGGUGGUUGCCGGGGUGAUCGGGUCUAGGUACCUGCUGGUCCAGAACGGCGGUAAACGUGGCCGGGGUGGAGGCCGGAGACGACGGAGAGGAGGGGGAGGGGGCGGUGCUGCCCCUAAGUCUCCGCUAGCGGGGAUCGGACAGCCCCGGGUUUCGCCGGAGGUGGCGGCGGCCGACCUGAAGAAGCGGGCGGAUAGCCUCAAGAGCGCCAACUUUGACGUGGACCUCGACCUCUUCGGCGACGCCGUAAGCGACUUGCCGGCUAGACCGCCGCCACCGGCACCUCCGGCGGCGGAACCGUCCCCUUCCCCGGCCGAUGCAAUGAAGGGGGCCGUGGCGGCGGCGUCUGAUUCCGCCGCCGCCGCAGCAGCAGCAGCAGAGGCGGAAGGCGUAACCGCUGAGGCUGAAAGUGCGGCGGGACCCGCGCCGGUUGAGGCUGUUGCCGCCGCCCCCCCUGCUGUUGCGGCCGAACCGGCACCUGCCGCCGUCGCCGAACCUACUCCCGCGCCGUCCACCUCCUACUCCAUCAAGCCCGAGAAAUCUAAGCGCAAGCCCAUCCUCAGCCUCUUCAAGCGGGACACGGGGCCGCAGCGGUCCACGACCAUGCAGGAAGCCCUCUCCGCCGAGUCACCUAAUGUGGCCGACUUCCGACGAGGGCUGGCCGCGGUGCUGGCCGAAUCUGCACCGAAGGGCGAGUUCGACGUUAAGGAGCCGAGCCUGCUAGCCGAGGCGACGAUCAUUCCAGAGGACUUCGAAGGAGAAGCGGGCGCUAAGGCUGCGGCUGCCAGCAGGAUGUCCGCCCUCAAGGAGCUCAUGGAGACCGCCGGGCUUUCUCUGGAACAGGGCGCAGAGGUCGUCGCCGACGUCGUAAACGCCAUGGUCGUCAAGCUGACAGACGCAGCAGUGAGCAGCAAGGGCGUCGAUAGCACGGCAGCAGCCUCGAAUGCUCUUCUCAACUACAUGGACGAGGCGGGAGCCCUGUUCGUUGCCCUGUGUCCCGGCAUCGCCCUCGACCCCCAGAUCAAGUACAACGGCACCUAUAAGAGAGGGAAGCUCGAGAAAGUGUUCGAGGCGGCAGCUAAGAAUACCCUCAAGUCCAUGGGGGACGAAGGCCAGAUGAUGUCUUUGGACCGACUACAGGACCUGUUUUCGAUCAAGAAGUCCAAGGCGGACAGCAUCACCCAGAAGAUCAUGAUGGACCUCAUGAUGAAGAUGAUGUCGGAGGGAGGCGGUGAAGACGGCGACGCGGAGGGUCUCGAGAAGAUGAUGGAGGCAAUGGGCGGGAUGGAAGGGAUGGGAGGGAUGCCCGGGAUGGGGGGCAUGGGGGCGGGCCGAAGCCCGGAAGACCACAAGAAAGAGGUGGAGGCCCUCAAGCAGAUGGUGGAGUCUGGCGAUUGCCCGAAGGAAGAAGUCGACGCUCUCAGAAAAAUGUACACGGACGCCGGCCUGGACAUCGACACCCUUGUCAACGACCCCAACAUGGAAGCGAGCAUGGAUGCCGAUGCCAAGGAAGUAGUCGUGCUUCUCAGGAAGCUGCUCGACCUGUGGCCCAAGAAAUAA